GCCGGUUAUUAUGAAUAGUCUCUGAAAAGGACGAGCAAGAAAAUCAUGCAUGCUUCUAGUGUUGGUUUUUCUCUCAGAGAGACCGUGAACUAAGUGAGAGUGGAUACACCGGGCUGUGUUCAUUAUUCCUCGCAUUGAGCACAGAGUGGACGGACUCUUUAGUCUUGACAAGACAGCACUCCAAACACACAGAAAGAUGGGGACAGAGGAGAUACUUUUGACCAUCGGGAAUGAAGGAAGAUUUCAGAUCCUCAUGAUCGCUUGGAGUUCUCUCUUCUUCUCGUGCCCUGGCUGGAGCAACAGCGCCAUCACUUUCCUCCUGGAAGCCCCAAACUGGUGCUGUCCAGAGCAACCUCGGGGUAACUGGACUGAGGACGCUCACCAUCGCUAUAGCAACCACAGCCUCAACUCGUGUGUGGACACGUCUAACGUCACGUCUGGGACAGCUAUCCGAACGUACGGCAUGAUGUGUCACGUGGUUCACAAUGGCAGACAGGAGGACUGCACUGAGAGAGUGUUUGACGGCAGUGUCAACUCUAUAGUGACAGAGGUUCUUCUCGGGCAUGAUGUAUGGAGCCGUAAACACUAUCUCUCUACCUUUCACCAUCGAGUUCUUGUCGACCAGCUGGAGAGCUGUGCCCACAGCUGUUCCCGUGAUCAGCUCCCUCCGCCUUAUACAGUGUGUCCAGUGGUAUAUACUCCCAGAAUGGAGAUCCCUCUAUCUGGUAUCCACCAUGUUCAGCCUACCAGUAUUUUUCACUUUCAUGAUCGCUGUGGGUAUAGUCAUCAAUGGUUUGACGUUCCGUUUGUCCGAGCUGAGCGGUGAUGUGAGCAUAAACCUCGCCAUCACUUCCUUUCUGGACUGCGCCUGCUCAUUGGUAUCUCGAGUUUUUGCUAACAGGCUGGGAAGGAAAUGGUCCAUGGUCACACUCUCGUUUGUCAAUUGUGUUCUGGCGCUUGUUUCACUCUUCUGUGUCUUGUUUGCUGUGGCCCUAAACGGUGCUUCAGGAUACCUUAUCACAGCCUCGUGCUUGAUCAUCAAGGCGCUCUGUUCUCUCGUGAACAUCAUGUUGCUGUUGUAUGCUUCUGAGGUGUACCCGACGUCUGUCAGGACACUGGGUUUCGGUUGGUGUUACUGUUUUUCUCGUGUUGGGGGUAUCCUCGCUCCCUUUGUUAUUGACCUGGUAAGUUCUCUCACUUCAUCUUGUUAUUCAGAUGGUGAUCUGUAA